AUGAAGAAACCAGCUGUGCCAUUAAUAACCUAUGACAGCGAGCUGUCCCAAGACAGUUCUGACCCAGAACGAGCGCCCGGAGCCCUCCCAGGUCCCCAGUGCCGCCGCAAGCUCUGCUCCACAGGGGCACAGCGGGCCCCAGACCGCAGCGGCCGGACGGGCUCCGAACCCGCUCCGGUCCCGUCUCGCCCCCGCCGAACUCACAGUCUGCAGCCAGGCGGCCUCGCUCCCUCAGCGGCUCCCGCCCCGCCCGGCGCCCUCACCCUGCCCCGGCAGCGCCGGUGGGCAGGGGCGGCGGCGGCUGCGGGCACACAAGGAUGCAGUGGAGGGUAAGAAGAAUGGGAGGGAGACGGCGGCGCUCCCUACGACGUAGCCGAGCCCUCCCGUCACAUGACGGCGCCGGCUGAUGAGGCGGUUCCGCCUGCCCCGGUGCCCGGCGCUACCGCCCUCCUGCCAGUACCGCCGGGAGGGCGGCGUGCUGCCCCCGGGACAGCUGCACUCUCGAGCUGCGGGGACGAGAGUAACAGUUUCAAGAUGUCAGGUGGUCCAAGAGUCUCGUUCAAUGCAAUUGAUUCUGCUCUUUCUUCUUUGAAAAACUGCCAGUCCUACAUCAACUCUGGAAUGGAUGUGGCUACUCAGGUUGCCCUUGACCUUGUGGAAAGUUUCAAUGAUGAAGAAGAUAUUAACAAUAUGGAAGAAGUCAUGUUAGACUAUGCUAGAAUGGACAGAGAACUGAAUCAUUAUAUAAAAGCAUUUGAAGAAACCAUAAAUCAGGUAAAACGAGAAAAACCAGAAAAUUUACCAGAUUUAGAAAACAUGGCACGAGAAAAAUUCCUUGAAAUGGAGAGCAUGAACAGUGACUCAGAUUUACAAAGGAAUGAAAAAUAUAUGUAUUUUAAGGAUCAACUUAAGGAGAUGAAAAAACAAUAUCAUGGUAAUGACACCAUUGAACAAAUCGAUGAAGAUAUAGCUGUGACUCGGAGUCAGAUGAACUUUAUUUGUCCCAUUACACAGGUGACAAUGAAGAGGCCAGUGCGGAACAAGGUCUGUGGACAUAUUUAUGAAGAAGAUGCCAUUCUAGAAAUGAUCCAGACUCAAAAGCAGAAAAAGAAAAAAGUCCGAUGCCCUAAAAUGGGCUGUAGCCAUGUUGAUGUAAAAGGAUCAGAUCUUGUACGAGAUGAAAUACUUAAAAGACUGAUUGACAGUCAGAAAAAACAAAGCUGGUCAACACUGGACACAUGAGCUGGAUAUGCUACUGCCACAAAGAAAAUUUGUUAUUAGAGGUCUUGUGAGAUAAGUUGCUGAUUCUAAAUAGGUUGUAUAACUGAUAUUUGUUAAGUGUUUCAUUUAUAGGCAGAUCAUUGUUAAAUGUUUCAUUUAUAGCCAAAGUUGAAGGUCUCCACUGCCACUGAAAGCAUUUUUUGAACUCAGGAAUAUAAGGAAUUCCAGUAAAAUUUGUUGGGGUUUUUUCUACCUUCCUGAUUUCUAAAAGUUUGCAUUUGGUAAAUAAAGUAUGUUUUGCAGCAUUUAAACUUCCUUUUCAGUGUGCUUGUUUCUUCAGCGUAUUAGAGAUGCAGAUCCUGCCAGCAUGUAAUAAUGAGUGCUUUGCUCUAUAUUGCAGGUAGUUCUGUUACUGUCUCUGUAACUACUGGGAAUGGUUGGAGUAGGGCACUGUGAGCAAGGAUUUUCAGUGCCUGGGACCAUGCCCGUGCUCUAACAUAAACCUCAGAGAUGAAUUUACAGAAAGUGUUGCACACUUAUACGUUGUUUGUGGCCACAGAGAACAACCAUUCAGCUUUGAGGAUUUGGCCUUGUUUUUUAUAAUUUUGAACCCUCUGCCCUGACUUAGGCUUUUCUUUUGAAAUUCAGA